UCCGUUCGCAUAAUAUUGGCCCGCGUCUAAUAUGCAAUAAUGAGAUUUAAGGCGGUUGCAGUUGUGCUAGUUCUCCUAAUUGGGACACCGAAAACUCGUUGUGGAGAUAUCGAUGACGAAUUGCUCUGGGAGCGGCUAGUUCAAGGCGUUCGCAAUGAUAGUAGCUGGGACCUCCCUAAUUUGGAUGAAAGUGAAAAUUUGGAUUUAUUGGAAACAGAUCUAAAUAGUUUGAGUGAAGAUACAAGUGUGCAACUGAAUGAAAAUGUGGAUUUGAAGAUAGAAAAUUCAACUGAUAGUGAUAAUAUCGAUCCGGACCUCAAAGCGAGUUUCGAGUUAGAGUCAGCGGAUGCGUUAUCAGAUCGAGUCAGUCGACAACCGAAUAUUGAUGAUGGACUGCUUGAACCGGACAAUGCCAAAUCCGCUGACACAGGCAUUAAAGGAGCAACAGUUAAACCGAAGCCCGGUCAAAGUAGUUUGGUGAUUAUCUUCGAUGGAACGGGGUCAAUGUUGGAUGACCUGAAACAGCUCCAAAAAGGAGCUCGGGACAUCAUUGAAGAAAUCACAAAACGAGAAAACAACCCUAUCUACAACUACAUAUUCAUCCCCUUCCGAGAUCCUGAUUACGGCCCAGUCAUAAAUACAAUUGAUCAAAAUGAACUGUUGCAAUCCCUAGAGGAAGUUGAGCUGAUGGGCGGCGGUGAUUGUCCGGAAUCAUCAAUAAAAUCAAUAAAUGCUGGACUUGAUAUAGCUUUACCCAAAUCUUUCGUUUAUGUGUUUACUGACGCGAUCGCUCAGGACUAUAAAUUACAAGAAGAAACAAUCAAAAUGAUCCAAGAAAAACAGGCCACGCUUACGUUUCUCCUGACAGGCUUUUGCAAUUCAAAACAAUCUCCAGGAUAUUAUGUUUAUGAAACUUUAGCUGCCAUCAGUAACGGACAAGUGUAUAACCUACAAAAGACCGACAUCAAGGAUGUCCUCCAAAGCAUCAAGCAGUUCCUUGACGCCAACCUAGUGCCUAUAUCCUAUGUUUACUCUGAAGAUGCUGGAUCACAGGAUAUUGAACUUGAUGUUAGUAAAAAUUUAAAGGAGUUCACGGUGAGCUUAGCUGGAGAUAAGCCAAACAUCACAGUUUUAGAUCCUAAUAAGGAAGAAUAUAAACAGCAGAAGGAUGUCCUUGAUUUAGAUAAUUUAAAGAUAGUUAACGUUCAAGAUCCACAGCCUGGGAAAUGGAAUGUUCACACAGAAUCUGAGUCCGAGCAUUCAGUCAAAUUAACUGCGGUAAGCGAUGUCGUUUUUAAAUUCGGUUUCUCAACGACGCAACCAAAUUCAAUGGACGAUACUGACGUUAACCCAGUUAAAAAUGUUAACAACUUUUUAGCUGUUUCAACAUCCAACAAUUCUCUACUCCACAACCUCACGACUGCAGACAUCGUCCUAUUUAACACCAAGGACGACCCUGAUGAAAAAAGGCAGCUACAAAUUAAUUUGCCCUUAACGAAGCCAAAUCCAGAGGAAUGUAAUGAAGAAUUGUGUCUAUAUUUGACCAAAGCUUUUCCCCCUCCAUUGAGUUUAUUCAAAAUUUACGUGAAUGGGUUCGAUUCUGACGGAAAUCCUCUGAAAUAUUUAUUAUCUACAGCAAUUCAGGCUGUGAAUGGAGAUAUUCCACGUGUCUUCAUAAAUGAAAGCUUCGUAGAGGUCACGGAAGGUGAUCAUGUCGACAUAUUUUGUAAAGUCACAUCCGUUACUCCAGCAGCGGUCCACUGGACAAUAAAUGAUCAGUUUCAAGAUGCUAUACAAGUGAGCGAAAUCGAUAAAAGCAUUUGGAAAUAUGAAAUUAAUAAUGUUCAGCUAACCGAUGCCGGAAGGUAUACAUGUAACGCGCGUAAUGUACAUGGGACUGACAAAGGAGAAGUAAUACUAAUUGUUAAAGAAAAAGUGAUACCUCUGCAAUUGAAGAUGGUUGAAACAAACAUGAUGUCUACUGAGAACGACACUGAUUACCAAAUAAGCUGUUUUGUUCGGCCGCGACAAAAAGUUUCCUUCCAAUGGCUCUUCAAUGGACAAAAGAUCAAUACAGUAAACCACAUGGACUUAAUGACACAAAACGAUAACCUGGUAAUAACCCGAGUCAACAGAAACCAUACUGGUAAUUAUACUUGCGUUGCGAGCAACAAAAGGGAAACGAAAAAUGCCACUGGUCAUCUUAGUAUAUUUUAUCAACCAGAAAUAAUAAACCCAGAUAGAGAAGAUCGAACCAUUCGCUUUGGAGACCCAGUUGUGCUAAACUGCAAUGCAAUUGGUAGCCCCCCUCCAGCAAUUGUUUGGCACCACGACAACCUUGACAAAAUUGUGGAUAACACCAUCGACCAAUUUACAGUAGAUGAUCAGGGAUUGUACUUGUGUGAGGCUUCAAAUGGAAUAGGGAAAACAGCAUGGAAGGAGAUUUACUUGGACGGAACUGCGAGCGGUCCUCCAAAAAUUAUUCCGCCACCUUCUGGGAACAUUGUGAAGCGGCUCGGAGACAGCCUAGACCUCAAAUGUGGAUGCUCGCAAUGUAGCCCCGUUUACUAUUACAAAUGGACUAAGGUAAAAAAUCCGGACAGCAGAGAGGAUGAACAGGCGAUCGGCGGUAUUGGACCAAUCCGUAAUGAAGUCACCAAAAGUUUUCAAUACGAUUUAGAACUGACAAAUCUCACUGCAACCGACGACGGUUACUACAUUUGCGAAAUUGGGAAUGAACACGGCAUUGACAAGUACAUCACACAUGUGAACAUUUUAGAAAAGCCGACUAUCGAAUCUAUAACUGCAACUAGUAAAAUAAGUGAGGACAUGAUUAAAGCCCAUAAAGGAGAUGAUAUUCAAAUCGAAUGCAACGCCCAAGGUAGCCCCAUUCCAGAAAUAUUCUGGCAGAAGGAUGAUGUCGGAAUCGAGCCCUCUUCGAAGCUAUACAGCAGCAAAAAUAGUUUGACCAUAAGAAAUAUCUCAGAAAAAGAUAUGGGCGGGUAUACAUGCGUGGCAAGCAAUUCAUUAGGAACGGCAUCGAAGGAAGUGUUACUUUAUGUGGUAGUUCCACCAACAUUUCCCCCGCAAACAGAUACAAUAAUUACCGCCCAAGAAGGUCAAACGGUGCAAAUACCGUGUAACGUUUUUGCAAUGCCAUUCCCAGAUAUAAAAUGGACAUUCAACAAUAACGAGCUAAAUCUUACGGAUAAUCGCUAUGAAUCAAUGGGGGGCGGUAUAUCUUUUACGGCUGAAUAUAAGGACAAUGGCAUGUACACAUGUAAGGCUACAAAUGAAGCUGGAGAAGCUGCAAUAACUGUCUCUCUCAUUGUUUAUGUUCCGCCAUCUAUUUUUCCUGAGGAAGACGACUCGGUAUCUGUCCGGACUCAAAAAAAUGUAACUCUCAAAUGUCGGGCAGAAGGAUUCCCAAUUCCCAAUAUAGUGUGGACAUUCGAUGCAAAACCACCUACGAAUUCGGCUUACUUACUAGAAGGCGGUGAUUUAUUAUUGGUAAAUGUAAAUCCCAGCAUGGCAGGCCCAUAUAUUUGUGAAGCUUCAAAUACAAUUGGCGAAAAACAAAGAACUACAUUCCUUACUGUGACAGAACCACCUAAGGUGCUUUCACAUUUUGAUCCUUACAUCAACGUCACAGUCGAUACAUCCUUUUCGCUUAUUUGUACUGCACAAGGAACUCCUCGUCCGGAUGUUUUUUGGGCGAAAGAUGGCGAGAAGUUUACAGACGGUCCCCAACAGCAAUAUCUGGAUGUAACAUUUGGGAAAAUUGAUUCAGGAAAUUAUACUUGCAUUGCGCAAAGUCCUGAAGGUGCUGACACAAAAACCGUUACUAUUGCCGCAAUAGAACCUCCACGACUUGUGGAUAUCCAGUCAAUUUUAAGGACCAAAAUCAACGUCACCGAAGGCGAAAAUCUCGAAAUAAUUUGUCCAUUUAUCAAUGCCAAAAAAGUCACCUGGUAUAAAGACGAUUUCAAGUUCCAUGCUGAACCGACAGGUACCGCAACAACCAAGCUUGACCUUCCUGGGGCUUCACUAAGCGACCGCGGAAACUACACAUGUGUUGCCGAAAACGAAGCGGGAAGCCGUAAUUUCUCGCAAGAAGUGAAAGUUUUAGCACCACCUCGAGUUAUAACCAACGAUGUCAUCGAGAAAUUCGGUGAUGCUACACAAAUUCCUGAGGUGCAGGUGGAGGCUGGAGAGGAUCUGGAGAUUAACUGCCCAAUGGAGGGAUUUCCCCAACCAAAGGUCAAAUGGAUGAAAGAUAAUACAGUUAUUUCAACAGAACCAGAACUAAUCCUGAAAAAUGUGCAACCAUAUCAUGACGGAAGAUACGACUGCGAAGCUAGAAAUGACCUCGGCUCUGCAGAUUACUCAUACAUUGUGAAGAUAUUAGCGCCUCCAUCCACUCACCUACCGAAGCACACCCGGAAAGAAAUUCACGCAGGUGGGGACCUCGAAUUGAAGUGCGCGUUCCUUGGAAAUCCUAACCCGACAAUAACUUGGGAAAGAUAUGAAAUGAUUUUACCACAAACUGGAGGACCACUGCAUUUGAAGAAUAUCCAACCGGAUGACCAAGGCGAAUAUAAGUGCAUCGGAACGAAUACUGUGGGCUCUGCAGAUAUUUCAUACACAGUCGACGUUUUAGAAGCACCAAAAUUCAUUUUUAUCACGGACGAGGUCAAGAUUUCUGAAUCAGAAGAUCUAAUGCUCCGCUGUGCCGUGCGAGGAAAUCCACACCCCAUUGUCACAUGGACAUACAAUGGGCAAAUCAUCCUAGGAACAUCGAAAGUAUCUCCAGCGAGAGAAGAAAAGUACGGCAUCCUCGACCUGGACGAAUCAGGAAAUCCUACCAAUAAUGUACACACAAAUGACAUUGCUCUAAGUAAUGGAGCCGGAGCCAGUACAAACGAGAACAAUUUUCAUGGAAAAGUUUACUAUGAUUUGGACAAAGUAUCCUUGAUGCUGAUAAUAAAGAACUCGAACCGCAAGUUGCCCGGAAUGUAUACGUGUCAUGCAGUUAAUGCGAUGGGCACUGCCGAGAAAGCUGUUAAGGUGCAAGUAUUAGUCGCACCACAAUUGCAAGGACGUGACAUCGACAGAGAGCCAGCAAUGAACCUUACAUUGCUAGGUGGAUUGCCGCUAAUACUGUUCUGUCCGUGGUAUGGGGAACCCGUGCCAGCAGUUGAAUGGUUGAAGGACAAUGCACCCCUUAACAGCGACUAUCGAACUCAAAUUUCCCAUGACGGUCACGUGCUAACUAUCCCUAUCAGCGAGGCAUCUGAUAGUGGGACAUAUCUUUGUCGAGCCAUAAAUGAUGCCGGCUAUGGACAAAAACAAUUUACUGUGGACAUAUUAGCUCCUCCACACUUCAGACUUGGAACAUUAACAGAGAAUCGUAUCAAUGACGCCCCUGACCGUCUCAUAGACGAAUCCACACGGCAUGUCAUUCCAGGUGAAAAACUUAUAUUUAAUUGCCCCGUGGAUGGUAAUCCGCUACCAGCAGUGUUUUGGUUAGAAACUACAUUUGGUACCGUUAACGAUACGAAAAUCCUUCCCGAAACAUCCACACAAUUGACACUCAGCAGUGUUGAAAAAUCCGCAACUUACACAUGCUACGCUAACAAUUCCUUAGGAUUCAUCGAUAAACGUUAUGAGGUUCUCGUCCUCAAAACACCAGAGGUUCGCGAUUUUCAACCACAGCAAACCGUUUAUGAACAUCGAAGUAUAACUCUGACCUGCCCAAUUGUUGGAGGAAGCCCGAAGCCAGAAAUUACUUGGCUUAAGAAUGGUGAAGUUAUUCACGAGAAUUCGAAAAGCGCUUUCAUGUCACAAGAUAAGUCAACUUUGAAGAUUCUCAACGCUAAGAAGGAUGACAGUGGAGUAUACACCUGUAAAGCAGUUAACCUUGCUGGACAAGAGGAAAAGGACAUCAACGUUACUGUUAUUUCACCCGUCGUCUGGUCAGAAUGGGAGUCUUGGACACCAUGUAGUCAAAGCUGUGGACUUGGAGUAACUUCUAGAAAGCGGCACUGCACCCGUAUCAAUGGAGAACCUACAACCUCAUCCGACCCGCCCUGUAAUGGCCGAAGCUAUGAAUCAAAAACAUGCGAACUCUCUCCAUGUCCGAUUGAUGGGGGCUGGGGCCCGUGGUCAAAUUGGACAUCCUGCUCUAAAUCAUGCUGGGAUCGAAAGGACAAACAGAAACCUACUAAAAAGCGUUACAGAGAUUGUAAUUCACCAAAACCAGCAAUGGGCGGAAGAUCGUGCUCAGGAGUCGACUUUGAAGAAGUUGAAUGUAACACUUCGCCUUGUUCUAUUAAUGGAGGGUGGUCCUCAUGGACAGUUUGGUCUCCAUGCUCCUCAUCUUGCGGUACCGGAUUCUCCACUCGUUACCGGGAGUGCAACAACCCCGUGCCAUUGCAUGGUGGACAAAUAUGCAUUGGUAGUGCAUUGGAAUCACAAAUCUGCUACACAGGGCCAUGCCCGAUUCAUGGUGGUUGGACGGAGUGGUCACCUUGGUCCGAAUGUACUCAGACAUGCGGCACAGGAUAUAGAAAACGAAAGAGAACCUGCACCAAUCCAGAACCACGGUAUGGCGGCCUGUAUUGUCUUGGCGAUAAUGUGGAAGUGGUUAAGUGCCGAAUUAGGAAGUGCGAAAAUUCAGACUUGCUUAAGAGUUUAAACGAGAAGAAAUCUUUUAAGCAGCCCACACAAUACGAGUCGAAAACUGUGCUUUAUCCUAGAGAUGCUAUUGAUGAUGUCAGCCAGGAAUUUGAUGAAGGUUCUUAUGAUUACGCCAUUGGUACAAGCUCCUUCUCAUCCCCUGUAGACGAUUAUGGAAAACUCAGAAGCACUAGCUUCCCAGUCGAGGAGAAGGGUGCUCACGUAGUUGUGAAAGUAGAAAAAUUAACACCAAUAGAUAGAGAUACCGCACAAAUCAAUUUCCACCCUGGGCUAGCUCCGCUUGUUGUAAAGAAAAUGAUUCCAUGCGACCCGGGAUUCCGACUGGAACCUAAUGGAACAUGCAAUGAUAUAAAUGAAUGCCUGCUUCCCAACUCCUGUCGAAGUACUGAAAUUUGCACGAAUACUGUCGGUAGUUACACUUGCACGUGUCGGAAUGGUUAUAAACUAAAUGACCAGAACCUGGAAUGUGAAGAUAUAAAUGAGUGUUCUGACCCUGCAAUCAACAAAUGUUCCCAUGAAUGUAGGAAUACAGCAGGGAGCUUCAAGUGCGCCUGUCCACCUGGUCAAAUACUGUCACAGGAUUUGAAGAGCUGCUUCCGCUUAGCUUCAACCACCAACGAUUACGAAAUGUCCGAUCCUGCAGCUAAAAGCUUUGAAUUCGAAGAGGACUGCUCUGAAGGAUACUAUUUGAAUAAUGGAUCUUGUCAAGAUAUCGAUGAGUGUAUCAACGCUGAGGACGAUUGUGGCAUAGACCAAACAUGUUUAAACACAAAUGGGUCUUAUCUCUGCAUCCCAACAGUUUGCCCAAAUGAAUACACUAGGGACGAAAUAAGCAGACAAUGCGUUCUCAUGUGUAGUUCAACCAACCCAUGUCCUGAAGGUGCUAAAAUAUCACAAACGCUGAGUUAUACGUUGCUAACUCUGGACAGUCUGUCGCAGUCAGAACCUUUUUUGAAAAUCGUCAAUUACGAUGUUAACCGCAUUCCUCUACCUGAGACAAAAUUCGUCCUAGAAAAUGAUACAAAUCUGUUCCGCCUUGUUACGAUCCCGUUCCGGAAGGGCAUUGCCUACCUUUACGGAUCAAAUAAAAUUAAGAAAGAGAAACUUUAUAACGUCAAAAUCAAGGCAUAUUCAUAUGAUUCCCAGAAUGUUACCCUCUUAUAUGUAACGAAAUUCGUCAUUUAUUUGUAUGUUAUAUAAAAAAUCUAUGUCAUUACAUACUUAUUUCCUUAUUUUAUAAAUUCAAUUCUAUUAUGGUCUAUCCGUCAAACGCAUAUUUAAUUAAGUUGGAGCAAUAAAUUUUUAUAACACA